CCAGCUGGAUGUUAUUUCGUAAACAAAACAUUAGAACUAUCUUAAUUUUUGUUAAUUGGAAAAAAUUACAAGUAUGUCUCCACAUAAUAAUAAAUACACAGCACCAUCCCAAAACAACGAUCUAAAUGUUAAAGUGAAAAAAUCGUCGGAGAAGUUGUCCGAGAACAUUCAUAUAGUGGCCAAUGACCCAUCCUUAGCUUUUUUUCGCAUCCAAGAACAUGUUAGAAAAGUUAUACAGCCCAUACUGGACAAGCGAAUUGAAGUAAUUGAGCUGCAAAAAGACUUACAAGGACAUUGCUUCGAUAUGGAGUAUGCAGUAAAGUCGAUGAAAGAUAUUGAAUCAUCGGGAGCAAUUUUUGCAAACAUCCAAGACAUGGUCAAAAAUUCAAUAUUUCUGAAGCAGCAACUUCGCUAUGAAGAGGUCAAAAAUAAAAUGGACAAGGAACCUACAAAGUCUUCUAUGUAUAAACGAUUUUCGGCCCACUUAACUUUGGAUUUGGAUUUCACCGAUAUAACAGGAGUAAUGAGGGAGACAAGCCAUCGUAUGGAGUCUAUAAUGUCAUCGAACAGGGAGAACACAUCAUCUGGUAGUGUGCCAUCAACCAGUGUGGGGGAACUUCAAAGGUCCCAUACCACCUUACAUUGAUUUUAAAUUACAUUUUAAGAAUUUCCAUUUUAUGUACCUACAUAUUUGUUUUUCUCCAUAGGUUAUUAAGGCAUUUGUGUUGUUUAAUGUAUUUAUGAUUUUGUGACACAUAGAUUUUUUUUAGAAAGACGUUCUUUUUUAUAUUCACCAUUUUUUUCGAUUCUAUGGUUUUUUUUUAUUAUACCUAAGAGAUUUAAUGGAAAUAAACUGAUCUCAUGUCUACAAAUGGAUUUGGUGGCAUCAAGAUGAUUGGA